CGCAGACUGUGAGAGGAAUGAAGAUACAAAGUCACAGACUGAGAUAGAAAGAUAGAACACUAGAGGGAAAGAGGAGGAGAUAGAGUAGUGAAAAGACAGUGAUAGUAAACUAGUGAGACAGAGGAAGCAGAAACCCACAAAAAAAAGGAGGGAUCCAAAGUGUGACACAUUGUCUGUCAGUUUUCAGCCAGGCCUUGAACAGACAGUUUAAGACGAAGGACGUUUUUUGGAGUGUGGCCUCUCUUUUCAUUCUAUUUUUUAAAUUCAUCUGAUCAAAUGCAACACUGUGGAUAUGUACACUUCUGGCUGUUGGGGUCAGUGUUACUGAUCUGCCUCAUCUCAGGGGUCACAAGGGUGAAUGGGGGCGUGGCGCUAACACAUCAAGAAUCCCACCUGAAGCCAUCAGAGCCAAAAUCGAACUUGAAUCAGACUGAACCUGACCUUGGCUCCAGCAUCAUAGGAAUACAGAUCGUGACCUUUAAGUGGCACCAUGUGAAGACCCCUUAUCUAGUUGCAUUAUGGAUAUUGGUGGCUGGUUUGGCUAAAUUGGUCAUCGAGGCCAACCACCAUGUGACCAAUGUGAUCCCAGAGAGCGCCCUACUCAUCUGCUUUGGCUUCAUUCUGGGUGGGAUAGUUUGGGGUGCAGACAAGGUGCAAACCUUCAAGCUGAACCCAACAGUGUUCUUCUACUUCCUGUUGCCUCAAAUCAUCCUGGACACGGGCUACUCCAUGCCAAACAAGCUCUUCUUCAGCAACAUGGGGGCCAUCCUGGUCUACGCCGUCAUCGGGACCGUCUGGAACGCUGCCACCUUAGGGUUGUCGCUGUGGGGGUGUGACAAGGGAGGAGCCAUGGGUGACCUGGAAAUUGGUCUGCUGCAGUAUCUUCUCUUUGGCAGUCUGAUUGCUGCUGUGGACCCCGUAGCCGUUAUCGCCGUGUUUGAGCAAGUCCACGUCAACGAGGUCCUCUUCAUCUUGGUGUUUGGAGAGUCGCUGCUCAACGACGGUGUGACAGUGGUGCUCUUCAAUGUAUUUGAUGCGUUUGUGUCACUGGGAGGAUCCAGAAUUGAUGCUGUGGAGAUCAUCAAAGGAAUAAUUUCCUUCUUUGUGGUGGCGUUUGGUGGUUCCCUCAUGGGCUUUGUGUUUGGCCUGCUGGUCUCUCUUCUGACCAGAUGCACUAAAAACAUCCAGAUCAUCGAGGCAGGCUUCAUCUUUGUCUUGGGCUACCUCUCCUACCUGACUGCUGAGAUGCUCUCCCUCUCUUCCAUCCUUUCGAUCGUCUUCUGUGGUGUGUGCUGCCAGAAGUACAUAAAUGCAAACAUGGACGAGAAGUCUGUCCUCACAGUCAGAUAUGUCAUGAAGGUUUUAGCCAACGGAUCAGAAACCAUCAUCUUCGUGUUCCUCGGCAUCUCUGCCAUUGAUACGACAAUCUGGGUGUGGAACACGGGCUUCAUCCUCCUCACGCUCUUCUUCAUCUUUGUGUAUAGAUUCAUCGGCGUCUUUAUUCUCACCUGGAUGCUGAACAAGUACAGGCUGGUCCCCGUGGAGUUCAUAGAUCAGUUGAUUAUGAGCUACGGUGGCCUGCGAGGGGCUGUGGCAUAUGGUCUGGCUACUUUGCUGGAUGAGAAAAAGAUAAAGGAGAAGAAUCUGAUGAUCUGCACUACUCUCAUUGUAGUGUACUUCACUGUCAUUCUUCAGGGAAUAACGAUGAAACCUCUGGUCACCUGGCUUAAAGUAAAGAGAGCUGCAUUGGCUGAGCUCACACUCAUAGAAAAAGUGCAGAACAAGGUGUUUGACCACAUGCUUGUUGCCAUAGAAGAUAUAUCUGGACAAAUAGGACAUAACUACAUGAGGGACAAGUGGAAUAAUUUUGAGGAGAAGUGGAUGACGAGAAUUUUGAUGAAGCCGUCGGCGAGGAAGAACCUCAACCACGUCGUCAACGUCUUCCAUCAGUUGAACCUCAAGGAUGCUAUGAGCUACGUGGCUGAGGGUGAACGUAGAGGCUCUCUGGAGUUUAUCCGCAAUGAAACUGCAUUUAUCGACUUCAAGAAAAAGUUUGGUGACGAAUUCUCAGAAAUCAUGCCUGACAUCAUGGCUGACAUGUCAGACGAUUACGCUGCAAUGUCCCAUAUAAGAAGAGACCCUGUGCCAUCAGUGAGCCUGGAAAUGCAUGAACAGAACAUGAAGGGUAUGAGGGAAACAGAGGACAUUAACACUCACCACCUGCUGCAGCAGCAUCUGUACAAGGGCAGGAAACAGCACCGGCACAGGUACAGCCGGAGCCAUUUCGAUGUCAACCAGGAUGAAAAUGAGGUGCAGGAGAUCUUCCAGAGGACCAUGAGGAAUCGCUUGGAGUCCUUUAAGUCUGCAAAGAUGGGCAUUGCUCCACCAAAGCCAAUUACCAAGUACACAAAGAAAGACCAACAGCAAAAGAUGCCAAAUGGAAAAUCAAUGGACAAAACUAAAAGCUACCACUCUGGUGAUGAAGAUUUUGAGUUCUCAGAAGGAGACAGCACCUUUGGCUAUGAGGCAUCAGGCAGUUCAUUCCACACGAGGGUCACCUACAGAGCAGGAGCUGGAAUUGAGAAUCCAGCCUUCAUACCGGACAUGGACCCCACGGCACAGGGUCAGAUCCCUCCGUGGCUGGCGGAGGCCGAGCUCGACAGCAGCAUGGUGGCUCCUUCUCAGCGAGCCCAGGUGAGGCUGCCGUGGACGCCCAGCAACCUGCGCCGCCUGGCUCCUCUUCGCAUCAGCGCUCACUCCACCGACUCCUUCAUGCUGGCCGACACUCCUGACACGCAGGAAUGGGACAACGAGCAGCUGCCGCCACCUCCACCACCUCACAGUGACGGAGGCCAAAUGUAGCAGCGUCCCUCCCCUCCCUCAUCUCCCUCGAACCUGGUUGCCAAAGACACAGAACCCAACCUCAGACUUUUCUACUCUCAAAAUAUUGACUAGGGAAUGUUUUAUUUUCCGUGCCAUUGUUUAAUCUAAUUCCAGAGUUUCUAGACAAAACAUUCACAAUCACAUAACCUUUGUGCUCUUGAGGCAGUUUCUUGUGUUGCUCUAACUUCACCCUUCACUAAGCAAAAUGAAGCUGCACAUAAAGUGACAGAUCCUGUAUGCACAGUGGCGUGUUAUUUAUGUUGAGCAUUGUCCUAUUUCCUCCUCAUAGUAAACCAGUCAAACAUUGCAAAUCAGUCCCUGAGAAGUAUCUCAUCCAUGAAUGUGAUCCAGAAACCUUUUUCAAGAACUAUUUACGAAUUGUGUUAUUUAUAAAGAUAAUAAACUUGAUUAGUGUUGCAAAAAUAAUUCCUCUAUAAUCUGAAUAUAACAUUUUUGUGUGUUUUCUCAUUUAUCUCAGAACAGUACUUGAAGUUGAAUAUUGAAUUUGAAGAAUAAGACCACUGUAAAAAUGUCACAUGUAUGAUAAAGACAUAUAUUUAUUCACAAAUUAAGUUUGGUAUUGUGUGGACAUUUCCAUCAUCUCAAACCUGUGCACAAGCGAACAGUUACAUAUAUUUUAUGUACCUCCGACAAAGAACACUUUGGCUGACUGGGCAUGGUUUUGAACUGUAUGCAUUUAAAAGAUGGAUUUAGAAAUAAAAAUGAAGAAAAAAGUC